CACAUCAUCCAACUGAUCUGUUGAGGUGAAUGAACAGCGAAACCCCCUUACUGAAGAUAUCUGGACCGGAGAAACGAACAAUAAACUCAAUUAAUACUAGCGUGCACUUUCACUUCUUCGAGAAAGCAUGAUAAACAAGGAUCUAGCCAGUGGGUGGAAUCUGAUUUGAUGUAAUUGAUGGAGGAGGUAACCAAUCCCGAGGAGAAGUUUUCCGUCUUCAGGGGCUGCGCCUGUUUUUUGAAAAGAUCCUGAUUGACGGUGGGGUGGCCAAUCAGAAGUUAGAGAGGCCAGGAGGGUGGGGCGUGCACCUUCGAUUGACAAGCUGACUGACCAGUACAUGGUCAGAUUGAUUCUGAUUGAUAGCCGGAACGCCCAAUGGUCCGCAGGAACUGGACGCAUGGAUCCUCCCUCCCCUCUGGUGAAGUUUUCGUCCGUCAGUUGGGCAAUGAAUGGGGAAUCGGUGGGUCAGGCUGGGGGAUCGUGCAGUGCGGACGGACUGAUUUAAAGCGUGUUUCUUUUAUUGUUGAAAAAAAAUACUUGCGACGGAAUCAUUGUUUAUUGUUUUCUCAAAAAAACAAAGGUGAAGGGUUGUGCGUGUUAACGUUUGUGUUGUUAUUGGGGUGCGGGCCAACGGAGAGGAUGGCCGAACUGGUGCAGCGUCUGGGCGCUUGUUUCCCGGCCUGUCAGUCCAGCCAGAGCGAGCGGGCACAGCGUCGCAGGAGCCGGGAGAUUGACGCCUUGCUGGCCCGGGAGAGGCGCUACGUCCGGCGCCUGGUCAAGAUUCUGCUGCUCGGGGCCGGCGAGAGCGGCAAAAGCACUUUCCUGAAACAGAUGAGGAUCAUUCACGGCAAAGACUUCGACAGCAAAGCCUUGGAGGAGUUCCGGGACACCAUUUUCGAGAAUGUUAUUAAGGGUAUGAAAGUCUUGGUGGAUGCAAGGAAUAAGCUGAGCAUUCCCUGGGAAAACACUGAAAAUGAAAAGCAUGGAAUGUUUGUCAUGGCAUUUGAAAACAAAUGUGGCAUGCCAGUGGAGCCAGCCACAUUUCAACUAUAUGUGCCAGCACUUAGAGCACUCUGGCAAGAUUCAGGAAUCCAGGAAGCAUACAACAGAAGGCGAGAGUUUCAAUUGGGUGAAUCUGUGAAAUAUUUUCUGGAUAAUCUUGACCAGAUUGGACAAUUGAGUUAUCUUCCCAGCAGGCAUGAUGUCCUACUUGCGAGAAAAGCCACCAAAGGAAUUGUGGAGCAUGAUUUUGUCAUAAAAGGCAUUCCUUUCAAAAUGGUAGAUGUGGGUGGUCAACGGUCACAGAGGCAGAAAUGGUUUCAAUGCUUCGAUGGCAUUACCUCUAUUCUAUUCAUGGUUUCCUCCAGUGAAUAUGACCAGGUCCUAAUGGAAGACCGGCGAACAAAUCGUUUGGUAGAAUCAAUGAAUAUCUUCGAGACAAUUGUAAACAACAGAUUGUUUUCUUCUGUCUCCAUCAUUUUGUUUCUCAACAAAAUGGACUUACUUGUGGGUAAGGUGAAAACAGUCAGUAUUAAGAAAUAUUUCCCAAAUUUUGAGUGGGACCCUCACAAUCUGGAUGAUGUACAAAAGUACUUGGUUCAGUGCUUUAAUAACAAGCGACGAGAUCGCACCAGACCACUGUUCCACCAUUUUACAACAGCCAUUGACACAGAAAACAUUCGAUUUGUAUUCCAUGCAGUAAAAGACACUAUUCUGCAAGAGAAUUUGAAAGAUGUAAUGUUGCAGUGAAGGGAUCAGCAUUUGACUUUGUGUUGUUCUUUGGUAUUCCUUCUGCCAUCAGCAUUGUUUCCAAGAACUCAGUGGCUGACCGUUGUGGAUGUAAUAGGCACCUCUGACGACAUGAAAGCUUGAUGCUUGACAGCAUCUUAUUGGAAGUGCUUAUAAGUGUCCUUUUUUCACUUCAAGUGCUCCAACAUCAGAAGCAUUGUGAAUAAUGAUUUUAGACAUUGGUUGCACUAAGGGCUGUUUUCUGAAUGUGUUGGAUGAUAAAAUUGGGUAACUGAACGAUGUAUACCAAUCGAUUAAGUUCCUUGAACAAAAAUAGCAUGCAAUGCAAGAGGUGUUUGCAUGGAGCUCUGCUUCAAUUAAAAUUUCAGGGAAAGUUUAUUAUCCAAGCUAUUCAAUGGAUUCUAGCCCUCCUCAGCAUUCAGCUAUUUACUACUGCCUAAUGCAAAUUGGAUCUGAAGUCCGAAAAAACUCCUAGCAGUGAGAAGUGGAUAGCAUAUCCAGGAAUACUGAUCCUCUAUUGCUAUGUACCUUUUUGGGAGAAUGUUGCAAACAACUACCAAGUGACACAGUUAUAGCACUGUUAAUAUGCUGAACAUUUUGGACUGCAAUGUGAAGCACCUGACUUGAUAGUGGUUUUUGUAAACACUUUCGCAAUCAAGUGUGACAGUUCAUGGGUGCAACCUGGAGUUCUGCUUUAUUGUGAAUGUGCUUGUUACUGACAGUUAUGGUUUUUAUAAAGUCCCUUUGCAGUGAUAUCUGACUAGUAUGUAGAGCAUCAAUAGAAUAUAUUACAGGUGUGAGCUGUUAAGUUUGAUAAAGAGCUGGAACUGUCUGCCUGGAGUGCUGGUCAAAACUCAGUUUUAAAUCUGAAAACAGGUCAAAAUCACACUAACCAUUGGCUGGUAACAAAUGAUUUUUUUUAUAAACAUGAUAUUAAAUAAAGAUUCAGCAUGAAUUUGUAAUCAAAAAUCCACUGUGCACCCUUUUGUAGCAUAGGAGAUUUUGGAGAUGAGUUACAGUGGUGGAGAUGCUCUUUUGAUUUGAGUGGCUGCUACCAACAAGCAUACAAGAGGAGUCUCUCAAACAGAAGUAUCUGAUGCUGACUAGAGUUGCAUUUUUUUUAUAUAGCAGCAGCUGUAGUAUGACAGAUUUUUGAGCCACAUUGAUCAGAUGUGACCUAGAAAACCUUAACAUGUUAUCAUUGUCUGGGAAAUCUGAACUUCCAGCUAAUCUCUUAAUGCACAAAGAGGCAUGUUUUUCUUUUUGAGCCUCCAAGUAGUUUAUCUGGUUUAAUUGAAUAUCUUAUCAUGUAGCAGGAUAAAUGGAUAAACACAACAGGUUCAAAUUGGAAAUUAAAGAAAUGAGUUUUGACUUGCCUGUAAUUUUAAGCACUUUUUUUUUGUUUAGAUUUGCUUUGGCAUUAUUGAAUUUGCCUGGCUAAUCUUUAAAUUGUUUGUAAUUUUGUAUUCACAUUUUCUAUCACCUAAAUUUUUAAUUUGCUGAUGACUUUAGCCACAUUUGAUUGUGGAAUACCAGAUUUGGAUAAAUUAACAUUUAGAAUUUAACAAAUUGUAUAAUGUGUAUCGUAAGAAGGGUCUUCAGCAAUAAAGUGGCAGCAACACUUGCCCUCAUAGUUACUUACGUUGCAUUUUAAUACAUAUAGGUUUAAACUUCAUUGCCACAAGGAGAGUAAAAAUGGUGAGUUUAAGUAGUUGGCUAACUUUUUUAACCUGAGCAGUCUGUUUUCACCCAAGAUUUGAAUUUAUUUGGAAGCAUCAUGAGAGUUUUUUUAUUUGAAAUGGUAAUUCAUGACAAAGGUAUGUGUUAAACUACUUAAAAGGAAUGGCUUAACACUGGCAUUAGGAUUACACAUUACUCUAGGUACUCUGUAUCAAAAGAAAUAUUGCUCUUUUUUUAAAGCAGAACUGGAGAAAUUUCCAGUUAGUUUCGUCUGAAAACUACAAACCUGUAAACCGACAAAAUGUGAUUCUAGUGCAAUUUGUGCAUUCUUUGUCAGCUGCAUGUAGGUAAAUGUAUACAUUCUUAACCAUAAUGAGAAAAGUACUUUCACAGGAAGUAAAUCAAUUAAAAUUACAAAGGAAGAUAUGUUGCAGUUUUUGUGUUGGAAUGGAUUUUUUGUGGUGUUUGCAUGGAAAAUUUAUUAAUAAUUCCUCUCCUCCUUCUCCUGCCCUCCCCAACACCGAUUUCUUCCUAGACUUAACAUUGUAAAGUUGAAAUUCACUGGGAAAUCUAAGCUAAAUCAAAACCCAAGAGAGUCAAAUCUGACAAGAGGGUCCUCUAACAACAAUUUGCCUUUUAGUCUGCUAGUUGUUUUCCAUUUUUCAUUUCAUUUAUAUUCAUGAAAUCUAACCUCAGUCAAAUUAUCCAAUGUACGGUAUCCCCUUCACUGACAACUACUAGGAAAGUGGGCUUGUUCAAAAGUUGUUUUUUCUUCAAUACUCUUUCAAUAUUUAAAGAACCAGGAAAGUGCGAGCAGUUUCAUACAAGCAGAAAUGAAUUUUUACAGAGCCAGGUGUACGUAUUUAGAGUUUGUGUAAUUUGUGUUUUAUGCAAAGUGCACUUAACCAUCUUUUUAGCACUUCGAAUAAGACAUACUUGGAGAAUGAUCCUCCUAAGAUCUGUCAGGAUUUAUUUUUUCUUUUUCUUUCUCCCUCCUCCUCAUCUUCCUGCCAAAUUCUGAACAAUUAAAGUAGUGGAAAGUUGAACCAUCUGUAAAGGUCUCCUAUUUUUACUUAGUAUGGUACAAGUUGUUUGGAACAACUAGAUUUGUUAGCUGACAAAAUAUGCUUACACUGGGGCUUUAUUUGGUCAUGUCUUCAUUGGUCUCAUUUCUUGUUCUUUUUAGGGUAUUUGUAUGAAACUGAAAUGUGUGAGAAGGAAGUCUAGGGCUUAGACACUUGUUUAGAUGACAUUUUUUAUUUUAAGAAAGAUCUGUGGACUGACAAAUAUUUGGCCAGUGUCGAAUACUGAUGUUUUGCUGAAUACUCUGUCAUGUGUCAGCUUUUCAGUUGCCUUCCCUCUAUGUUGUGAACUCAUUCCAUUGCUGGUAUAACACUAAUGUUUCAUUCUUGGUCAGCCCUGACUUAUCUGAUGCAGGCUGUUUUAUGUUUCUAAAAUUGGCCAUUUUUAUAAUUUAUUCUCCUGUCUUUAUUUUGUUUUUUUUUGCAGAGAUAUGUGCUUCAGGUGGAGAAACAGUAAACACAAAGUAUAGGGGUAUGACAGAAAGAAAUUUCAAGUCCGCUUAACUUUGGUUGAUGGUUGGUUUUGAGCCAAAACACAUCAUUUUGUUUGGGAUUUCUUCUGAUCUCCUGCCAUAAAAUCAAUAGAAACCUUGUAGAAUUUGCAUAAAAGACACUUUACAGCAUUGUUUCACUGAAAUUACAGUGGGUUAUCAAAAAAUAUCUGUUUCGUAGCUUCAGAGCAGAAAGUAAAAUCCAUGAAGUUAUUCUGGAACCCAUUUCUGCAUAAUGUUUAACUCCGAAGCAGCAGAUUCCAAUUACAGAUGGUUUUGCUAUCACAAAUGGCUGAAUGUAGUUCAUAUCAUCUUACUUCAUUGCGCGUUCAUUCCGCUGUUCUUUUUGCAGGGUUACAUUUUCUGUAUUCCAUAUUGUCACAUGAAAUUUCAAUACAUUCCACUUUUAAAAUUCAGUUUGUUUGUCAUUUGCAGGCACAUUGCAAUGUUUCUUGUCCAGAAUGAUCCAACACUACUCUUCUAAUUCACCUGCCAUUCUGUCAUCUCUUGCUGAUCUAAGUUUAGGGGAAGACCAGAUGAUUUGAAGUUAUUCUGGAGUAAUAUUUGUUAUGAAUUAUGUUGUUUCUUUAAUUCAGUUAACUGAAUUGAGAUUUAAAAUAAAAAUGCCACUAGGAUUUCAGAGAUGGGUUUUUAACCACUAAGUUUACUCUCUCAGGAAUUACAUUGGAAUUCCAGUAAUAUUUUACAAAUCUGUCAAAGGUAAAUUAAGAAAUCUUUUAGUCUUUCAUAGAAAGUAUCCAGUUCAUCACAAUGUUCUCAGUAUCACUCAUCAAGAACUGACAAGAAUCUCGAGUGGUUUUGAGCAGAAGUCAGACAUGUUGUUUUAGCUUUGCAGCUUCAUUGAUAAAGCAACUCAUUUUGCAGUGGAUACUUAUUGUAUGGAGAAUGUUCGGAGAAAAGUGGUAAGUAAUGAUGUGGUUUAGAGGUUGAAGUUGUGAAGAACAGGGUUGUCAAAUUGAUCUCUUCCAUUGGGGAACAUAUUGAGAGAGGAUUUUAUGUUACUGGAUUCAAAUAUGCUGAGGAACAUGGGUGGCACGGCUAAAUCAUGAUUUUGUUUCAAAUUAUCUUCUAAUUAAACUUCACGAGAUUCAAGUUCCAACAAUUCCACCUUCACUUUCCAUUGGAGAGUUGAAUAACUAGAAUGGAAUUCUAAUUUCCUGGUUGUUGCUAAUACAACGAACUUGGAGACAAGGUAUAGUGAAUAACUUGUUAGGGUAAAAUAUCUUUUACUGAGUGCUUUUAGAUAAAUUAUGUCGUGCUUUCCACCACCUCUGGUCAUCCCAAAGCACUUUAAAAUCUAAUUUGAGUACUUUCAAAGUGUAGCCACUGUUAUAAUGUAUGAAAUGUGGUAACUAAUUUGCACACAAGUCCUAGAAACCAUGUUGAAGUAAUAAUCGGGUGUUCCUUUUUUGGCCAGAAUAGUACCAUUGGGGUUAAACAGGGCCAUGGUUUAGCUGUCUAAUCUGAAAGACAUCACCUCCAACGGUACAAUCCUCUAGUCUUCACCUCUGGAUUGGGAUUUAAAACCACAGUUGUCUCACUGAGAGGUAUACCUUAACAGAACUGGGCAUAAAUAAAAUAUGUUUGUAUUUGAAUGUUUUGUGCAUAAGUAUGUUUCUCCAAUAUUGUCAAGAAACUGCAUGUGCAGAGUAAGUGGUAUUUCAUUUAUGGAAUGCAACUUCUUUUGGUUGGGCAAGGACCAUACUUUGCGGGCAUGACAUAACUAUAGUGGAUACUGAUCUACAGAAAACACGCAAAUCCUAAUCCCCCUGCCAUUUUAGGUGAAGCUUUUAUAUUGUCUCGUCUGUAAGAUAAAACUUUCAUUCCGAUAAUGCAUUUCCUUUGGGAACUAGCAGAGUCUGCAAUACAGAAAAUGUCAAUGAAAAUGGAUGGUUUAUAGCAAGUAUUAAUUAAACAUCUUUGCCUUUAAUUUUUAUUUCAUGACAACUAUUGGAAAAUGUAUCUCUGUAGUUGAAUAUAAAACUUGGCCAGUUGGUGCAUUGAAGAUAACUCCACGUUGAUCACUUUGUAUGGAGGAAAGCAUUUUUAAAUUUAAAGAAAAAUCAAGUUUACUGAAAAAGGAACAAGAUUUGCUAUGAAUUUUGUAUAUUUUUUUCUAAUCAAGGCUGAUUUUAUAGAAUCCUUCAGUGAUUGCUAGAAAAUUAUCAACUUGAGAAAAUGCCAAGGGUAUUAAGUGCUCAUAGGGUAAGCUGUUGCUGCCUGACAUCCCAGAGAUUAAAUGUUCAUUUGAUUUUUUUAAUGUUUUGAGGAAAAACUGUUCAACAGAAACAAUGCAGUAAGACACUCUUAGCAUCUCGUGGUUAAUAAAUAGUGAUAAUAACAAUGCUAACCCUUACUGGGUUUAAAUUAGAUACAAAUGAAGACAAACUGUGUAAACACUCAAUGCCUUUGUAAACUGUAUAAACUGUAUUUUAGCUCAAAUUGCUUUCUAUUAUGUUUUAUGUAUAUUUGUUUUUAUAAAUAUCAAAGUGUACUUUAUCUGGAUUGUUGUAGUCUGUAUUUAAUAUCUUCUGUAUGUAUAAUUCUGUACUUAUGAGAUGCUGAAAAGUGGAAUAUAGUGUUUUUUUUUGCCAGUUCUUGACACAUGGAAUGCAUUAUUACUUUAAUCCAGAAACUAGGCUUUCGUUUAUGCUUCAGCCACAUCUCGCGAAACCACAUCCUCUACUGUAUUUUACCUAUACAUCAACAUUUAGAUGUGGUAGAUACCUCAAUUAUAUAGCCGUAUAGAACCUGCAGUGUAAUUAUCAUAUAAUCUGGAAAGCAUUUGUACUGUUUUGUAUUCUAACAUAUUCUGAGAAAGUCUGUAAACUCUUGUACAAUCUGACAAUAAAAAAAACAAA